CUGUGCUUCCAAUCUUUAAUCCUUUCAUUCCUUGUUUAGAAAGAUGGCAGACAACAAACUUUAUGAUAUUUUAGGAGUGAGUAGAACUGCAUCAGAUAAUGAAAUAAAAAAGCAAUACAGAAAAUUAGCCAAAGAGUUCCAUCCAGAUAAAAAUCCAGAAGCUGGCGAUAAAUUUAAAGAAAUAAGUUAUGCUUAUGAAAUCUUAUCAGACUCAAGAAAAAGAUCUACUUACGAUCGUGUUGGGCUUAAGGGAUUACAAGAGGGAGCUCAUGAAGGACACAGCAGCGAUGAUUUACUCUCACAUAUUUUCGGGGGAAAUUUGUUUGGGGGUUUUGGAGGAUUUGGUGGAGCAGGCAUGCAUAGACGACCACAUAGAGGUGACGAUACAGUUCAUCCUCUGAAGGUCACAUUGGAAGACAUGUACAGUGGUAAAACAUCUAAAUUGCAACUUAGUAAAAAUGUAAUAUGUUCUGCAUGUUCUGGCAAAGGUAGUAAAAGUGGUCACACUGAAAAAUGUCGUACUUGUGAUGGUUGUGGGCUUAAAGUAUCUUAUCGCCAGAUAGCCCCGGGAAUGGCACAACAAACACAAGUCCGAUGUCCAGAAUGCAAAGGUGAAUGUGAGGUAAUAAAAGAAAAAGAUAGAUGCACUACCUGCAAGGGUAAGAAAGUUUGUAAUGAAACUAAAAUUCUUGAAGUUCAUGUUGAUAAAGGUAUGAAAGAAAAUCAAAAGAUAUUUUUCCGUGGAGAAGGUGAUCAACAACCUGAUGUUGCAGCUGGGGAUGUGAUUAUAGUUUUACAGCAGAAACCCCAUGAAAAAUUUGAAAGGAGCGGUGAUGACCUCCAUAUGAAACACUCAAUUUCACUUACCGAGGCAUUGUGUGGAUUUUCGUUUGUUUUGCGUCAUUUAGAUGGUCGUGAAAUUUUGAUUAAACAACCUGCAGGUACCGUAGUUAAACCUGGAGAUGUCAAGACAGUAAUCGGUGAAGGUAUGCCUCGUUAUAAAAAUCCCUUCGAGAAGGGAAACCUAUAUAUUGCAUUUGAAAUUAAAUUUCCUGAAAAUCAUUUCACAACUGAAGCUAAUUUGAAUGUUUUGGAAACAUUACUUCCUCCACGAUCUGCAUUCACAAUGCCACAAGGAGAAAAUGUUGAAGAGGUGGAUUUGUUGGACUUUGACCCUAACGAAAGAAGUUCAAAUUCAGGUCGAGGAGAAGCUUAUGCCAGUGAUGAUGAAGAUCAAAUGCAUGGUGGACCUGGUAUACAAUGUGCACAUCAGUAGGAUAAUUUUACCUUUGCCAAUAUGUAUGUUGUCCUGUGCUUCUUUCUAAAUAAGGAUAUUGUGAAAUGAAAUUCUCUUAUAGAAAAAUGAGUUGCAGAUCAUAGAUUUUUCUAUCCACAUUUUUUUGACCAAAUUUUGACAUUUUUUAGAAAUGCAGUAUACCAUUGUUUAUGUUAAAUGUUAUGUAUUAUGUGAACUUAUUUAACUCAUUUUCUAUGUAGAGUGAAAUAAUACAAAUUAUUUUAAAGUAAAAUUCCAAUAUUUCUAUUUUCCCCUGUUCAUCCAAUGUAUGAUACUUUCAUAAAUUAGUCAUUCAUUCAUGUUGAUUUGUCUAUAGAUCUAAUUUAGAAUAUAAUACAAAUAAAGUCACUCAAAAACUA